AUGGCGGCAAGGGCAGUUUGUCGCAGCCUGAAGACUUGGACGGACCAACUCGACUUGAUAGACUCCCAGAGUAACAAUGUGGAGGAGGCUGCCAAGGGCAAGGCUGCGGGCAAGGCAUGGUACAAGACCAUGAUCUCGCAUACAGACUACACCGAGUUUGAGAACUUCACAAAGUGGCUCAUGUGA